AUGAAGCCAAAGUCAGCGGCCAAGCUGACGGCCUGGUCGGUCUCUAUGGAGGAACCUACUAGACCGCAGCGACGUGCGACGCGUCGCCCGGUGAGCAUCAAGUACCAAGGACGCACCGACCAAGAGGGCAAGGACGAGGGCGAGACGUCUCCGGAGGAGCUGAGCCCGCUGAAGCAGGCGCCGCUGGAGCUGGAGGAGAAGUCAGCGACCGAGUCCGUGGCCGACCAACUGAAGCGCCUGCAAGCAGAGAAUCGCCAGCUUCGCGAGCGCAACGAGGCUCUGGAGACGGACGUAGACAACGUCGUGAACCAGUACGUCGUGGUCGUCAUCGCCGCGACGGAGAUGCGAGAGAUGCAGGAGCGCAUGCGCGCGGGGGAGCUCCGAGCGAUGCUGCGAUGUUACAAGAAGUGGCGCGACAUCGACGACGGCAACGUGGACAAAUUCAAGCCCUUGUGGGAGCUUCGAUCCGUCUUUGCUACGUACGAAGGAGCGCUGAGCGGCGCCAGGAGCGAGUUCUAG